AUGUCUGGCUCGGUGGAAACCAAGAAAGUGUUCCUUUCCUCACCUCAAUACGCUGUCGUAGGCGCGUCGAAAGACCAGACCAAGUUUGGGACGAAGGUUCUGAAGUGGUACCUCGCUCGCGACUUGAGUGUUACCCCUGUGCAUCCUAAAGAGGACACGCUCGAAGGUGUAAACACCGUUCGCAGCCUAGGGGAUUUGCCUUCGCCGGCUGAUACAUCCAUCAGUAUUAUUACAAAUCCUAAGAUUACUCUGGGGAUCCUCGAACAGGCGAAAGCCCUCUCUAUCCCCGCCCUCUGGCUCCAGCCCGGUGCGGAGGACGCAGCCGUCGUCUCUUACAUCAAGGACAAUGGUCUCGAGAGCAAAGUCAUCUAUGGCGGGCCGUGCAUUCUCGUAGAGGGCGACGGUAUCAGGGAGACUCUGGCGAAGCUGUAA